AUGGACCAACAUCCCUUUGAUAACGACAUCAUGUCGUUUCCGGAUCGCCCUGAAUUCGACUAUGCCCCCUUUCUGCAAGCUGACGACAUGGGCUUCAUGGAUACAGGCACUAUGCAGGGCCAGUCGACGGGUUCGCUUUCCGGGUCGUCGGGAGGGAUGCACACGCCCCCCUAUUCUGGCGCCAGCAGUAGUAACAAUAACUACAAUGCCGUGGACAUGAGCCUCCGUCGACUGCCGGCGCAGCAAAGGCAGCGGCUGGAGCGGAGAGGCCAUACCAAGAGCCGCCGGGGAUGCUACAACUGCAAGAGGCGGCGUAUCAAGUGUCAAGAGACACACCCGGCCUGCGGUCACUGUCUUAAGACGGGUCUGAAAUGCGAGUACCCUGCUUCGCCCCAGAUCACCCACCAGCCUCACAAUCAGAUACCCUUGUUCAGCUUGCAGGACAUGCGAUGCUUCCAGUACUUUUUGACACAGUGCUACCCACACCAUCCUCUGAAGCAGGAAGAGAUCUGGACUCAUGAGAUUCCCAGCAUAGCGCAUAACGUACGUUUGAGGCUCCCGUGCGGCACCGCAUCUGCUGGCGUGCGGCACGAGUUUCUUAUGCAUGCCAUCCUGGGGUACGCGGCCUCGGAACUGAUGCAUGCAGACAGUAACCUUGUGCCGGUGGCCAUGGGGCACCGCAUCAAAGCCAUCAAGGCGAUCAAGAAGCGAUUAGUAGAGACGUCAAAGAUGGACACGACUUACGAAGAGGCGAACGCCCUAGUGGCUACUUGCUUCGCACUGACCUUGCAGUCUGUCAGCCUUGAGGACGGCUUGGCCGAGUACAUGACGUUCAUUCGCGGCAUUGUCAUUGUGGGGAUGCAAAUGAUGUUUAAGAGCAUCAAGCCUCUUUUCAGUAAUCUGUUUGAGUCCAAUAAUGACGAUGUCCUUGCGCCAUAUAUGGAAGGACUGCCGCUGAUUCAGAAGGGAUGGGCGGAGACGGCUCUUGAAUCCAUUACCAACUUGGGCCCGCUGUGUACACACCAAGUCGAAAUCGAAUAUCAUGAACACCUGAUGACCAUUGCGUCCCAUCUACUCACUAACUCAUUCGAAGCGUACAAGGCCAAUUCGAGACAAUACGGAUGGUGGAUGCUGUUGCCGCAUGCCUCCUUCCAAGAACUCAUCAACUCCAAGAACCAAGUUGUCAUCCUGUUGCACACCCAUUGGAUAGCGCUGUCGCAAAUCAUGGCUUUCAUCAAUCAGCAAGAGUAUGAGGUGCGGGAGAAGCACCCUGCUCAACAAGAGAGUGGCCGUAUCGACCCAGGAUUCAUUCGCUGGCUCAAGUAUCUCAACGCGCGUGUCGACCAAGGACAUCAGAUGUUCAACCAAUGGCCGAGGUGGGUGGAUGAGCAGCUGGACAUUGACAUGACAUUUUUCGGAAAGCGUCGGUAG